AACCGGGCUAGAAACAAAUGACCCACAACUGGAGAGCCCGACCCAUUUAUCCAGACCGGAUUCAUACUUUCAAUUUUUGAUUUAUUUUUGCAGGGGCAAAAAUGGAAAUACGGAUGAUCUCAUCUCCCAACGGUCAAGUCGAGAUAUGGAAAGCGGAGGCUGCAGAGCAGCCAUGGCCACACCUUUCUCCCCUCUAGCCCUCUCCCCAAUUCCAAACCCUAAAUUAGGGUUUUCUAAGCUCUCAUUUGCCCCAAAUCUCAAAUCUCCAAUCGGAAAACCCUCCCGUUCCAAUUUCCCUAAUUCGAUAAACCCUAGACGCACCGCGAUCUGGAGGAGAUUCUCUUCAGCCAGUUCCCAAUUCCUGCUCGCGGAAGCAACCUCAAUCGACGAAUCGGCGGAGAUAGUUCCGCCGAGCGCUGACGUAUCUUCGACGAUCAUAUCAGGCCUUCUCUUCAUCGCCUUUAUCGGAUUGUCCAUUCUCACCGUCGGAGUCAUCUACAUAGCCGUUACGGACUUUCUGCAGAAGCGGGAGAAAGAUAGAUUCGAGAAGGAAGAGGCGGCGGCAAAUCGGAAGAAGAAACGUGGCAGAAAGGGAGUUGGUGCGAGCAGAACCAGAGGUGGACCUAGAGGCUUCGGCCAGAAGCUUGCUGAAGACGAGGAAGACGAUAAUGGCGCCAAGAAAGCUCCGUAACUGUAAUUUGAUAUCUCUCCAGGUACUCUGAUUUCAUUGUACUUUUUCUUUUAUUCUUUCUUAUUGCUUCAUUUCUUCUUCAAGUAGUUCAAUCAUUCAAUUCCUUAUCGCAAUUGGCAGAAGUCUCUGAAUUUCCAUGAACAUAAGUAGUUCUUAACGAAGAUACACAAUUCACAAACAGAGAAAUCCGAGCAAUGAACAUAAUGUAG